ACGUGACCGCGAUCUCCUUCUGGGCAUCUUGUACGUUGCUCCCGCCAGCGGCCAUAUCCCUGAUGCAUCUUGGCUCGGCUCAGCUUUUAGCAUCGCCUUUAGGACAAGUCAUUGGGACUGUCUUUGCCAUUCACGAUGAGCUAACGACUCAAGAGCCUAAUAUUCUCACCAUGUCAUCGCGAGGUCUGUGCAUCCAGCAGCAAUCCUAAACGGGGGCAUGCAAGAGAGACUUCAUGAAUCGGUAGUCCACGAUGCUCCCUUUGUAUGUAUCUGAAGCUGUUAGCGAUCGGCCUAACAUUGUUCGACUAUGUACUUGCCACGGCUACGAUGAUGCAAGAUCUUGCCGUCAUCGAGCUCCUCGCUCAUCUCAUCAGCGACCACAGCGUGGUUGGGAGAUGCAUAGUUGCACGGCUGGGGGGGGAUAAAAUGCGGUCGCGACCGUCCUCUUUAUAUUCAUCACAACCGUCGAUCGUACUUCCCACUGCUGCUGCGCAUAGGGCAGUAAUGCGCUCCGCCGAAAUCGGACUGCGACAAUUUCUUCUCGUCUGCAUAGUCUCCGUCCUGCUAGUGAGACUCGCAUCGUCCAAACCGACAAAUCGGACAAUCGACGACGAGUAUGGCGACUCGGUCACAGGGCUUAUACCGCUCUACCAGGGCAAUUGGAAUUACGGUCCUCGCUGCUCUGAGUGCUGCAUUCAUCCCGACACGUUACUCGUAUUUGAUCGGACUUGGCACGACACGACGACCCAAACAACAGAUCCAGUUGCCAACUUCACCCUCACUUUCAAUGGUACCGCAAUUUGGGUGUAUUGCAUCAUCCCCAACUUUGUAGAUACCGUCACGAUCACGACCUACGUCAAUCUGAGCUUUGAACUGGACGGCGACUAUGUUCAAACGUUCUCCCAUGAGCCUGAGCUCAAUAAUGCCUCCAUGGCAUAUAAUGUCACCGUAUACAGUAAUACGUCGAUGGACAACCGGGAGCACACUUUGAUCAUGACGCCGCAACAUGCCGUGAAUGCUUCUGUGGUGCUCUUUGACUGGGCGCAAUACACGUAUGACCCGGGCCCCGAUGCUGAAUCAGGAUCUUCGUCGACCAGCAGCAGCUCGAGAGUUGGUUCCGGUAGCUCACGCCCUAUGCCAUCGACGUCCGCAAAUAAGUCGACCUCGUCAACUAUAACAAGCUCUUCAUCUUCCACACCCGUUCCGGUCUCCAGCGGUACAUCAGAUUCGUCACGAACACCUGUCAAUGCGAUAGCCGGAGGUGUCGGCGGCGGUCUCGGCGCCCUUGUGCUCGGCCUGCUCGUUCUGUUCCUGUGUCAUCGCAGACGUGGGGCAGCCUGGGUUCGCAAGAUGACUCACGGGAAUUCGCAUGGUCAGGGAUUGGAUGAAAGCGGAUCUGCUGCCAAGCUGGGGUCAACUUUAGACCUUUCCACGACCUCUAAAGCAGCGUCCCUGCACUCAAGCGUGACGAUGCUGCCCGGAGCAAUCACACAGUCGUCCGUCUGUAGAUCCCCAACCACAUACUUUCCUACUACACACUACCCGGUGGCUAGUGAUUUAGCCGACGCUCCGAGUUCGAUGCUCUCCACGACGACACGGACCCCUUCCGCUCAGAGCGUGUUGACAGCCUCUCAGGCAAAGCCGGCAAGACAGGAGAAACACACAGCUCGAUAUGAGGAGUCGAUGCGCCAGAUACACGACGCUGCUGAGCUGCAACGUCAAGAGAUGGGACCCGACAGCGUUGCCGGGGAUGGGCCCAUCUUUACAUCUCUUCACGACGCACCCUCCGCACGAGCGCAUGUCAGUCCGGCAGAGCUGAAGAGGCAAAUUGACGCCUUGCAGAUGGAAUUAGAUCGGUUGAAGGUGGCUGAGGUCAACUUGUCUUCCCCACAGAACCAGAAGCAGGAGUCCGAGUCCGAGCGCUAGAUAUAUGGCACACACGCUAUACAGACGCUGCUUCAGCAAACCAAACAUGUCCUUGAAAUCGAUUGAUGACAUCGUGAUAUACGUAGUUUCCCGUUUGCAGUCGAAUAGACUGUUCAUGGGAAGGCAGUCGCACUGGAACGUUCAAAUAGCUGGUCCUAUUAGGUCUGGGAGCACAAUGCAGCUUGGGGUUUAGAAAAAGGUGCAUAGCUGCGUACUGUGAUACUUUCGGCGUGCGGCCUUCUCUGGCACAGUGAUUCAUUCACAGUCCUGCCUGUGCAGACCUCCCGGAAUCUGCUGUCGCGGGCGGUAGUCAGCAGGAAAAGCAAUCACUCCGAGUCGAUUUCAAGCACCCGUUGUGGCCUCCGGAGAUUUUCAUACUCAUACCACCACAAGGUCUCUGUCCUCCGGAAGCGGAGGUCUGUAACAGUGAAGUCAUUCUCUGCCACUGCCCUAAGAAGUCUU